AAUUGAUGAAGGCGGCCAAAUGUAAAUCCAAAAGGGGGUGGUCGUUGAAAUAUUCCAGUCACCGCUCCGCUAUGCACAAAAUACCACCAAAAACGCCGCUGCUUCAACGCUCUGCCCAUUUCUAUUCAUCCCUCGACGCUCCCUGAUUUCAGACUCUGCCCACUGAAACCAGCACCACCAUUUAACUGCUCAUCUCCUUCUUCCUGGCAUCCAUUUACACCUUUUCCGAACCCAUUUACUAUAAUCACCUCACCCUUAAAGAGAUACAGUUUCUUCGAUUUCACCCUACCAUUCUCAUAAGGCAUAACCCAAUUUCUACAUUCGCCGUUUAACUGUUUCAUGGUCUAGAAUACUGAAGGAUCAAAUAUGAGAGCAAGAUUAUUAGUGUUUCCAAUCAAAGGAAGGAAUUGGUGCUUUAUCAGAUCGAUUGACCGUUCAACCUCAGAAUCCCAAUCUUCACAAUCUCCGACUACAUUCAAACAACUAUGGAAAAACGUUUCUUCGUCAUCUCCGAAAGCCACUGCCGCUAAUGUUGAGCUCUGUGUUGAUUUUGUAGCUAAUAAGAUGAACAAAGCUUGGUCUGGUCUGGAGAAGGCGCCUCCCGGCAGUUUCAAGAACAAGAUUCAUGGCGUGGGAUUAAGCCUCUUGUCGCGUGUUAAGCCGUCUGAGAUAUUUUUGAAAUCCAUUCCCAAGCAGUUAACUGGUGUGGAGGUUGUCUUCCCAUCAAGCUUAAAUGCAAGACUUGUUCGUAGAAGAUUAAGGCAUAUUGCAAUGAGGGGGAGUAUUGUUCACAAGAAUUAUUUUUAUGGUUCAGUCACACUGCUACCAGUUACCUCUGCUUUUGCAGUUCUACCUUUGCCAAAUGUACCCUUCUUUUGGAUAUUAUUUCGUACCUAUUCCCACUGGAGGGCCCUAAAGGGAAGUGAGAAGCUUCUUCAGCUGGUAUCAGAUUCCGCAAAGACACACCAUGAGAAUGAAUCAGAGGAAAAAAGCUCAGAUUCCUCUGAUCCUCCAUUGGUAAUGGAAGCAUCUGAGGAGCUUGAAAGACUUGUUGGAGAUGGAGAUGAUGUGAGCAAGUGCAGAUUAAAAGACAUCUGCAAGGUCUUUGAUUUGGAGACAUCGGAUGUGCUUAAAUACCAGCAACAAAAAAACUAUUAGGAAAAAAGGAAAUUCAUGCAAAAUUUUGAUUUGUUCAACAAUGUAUUGAAAUAUUGUUUUGUUUGUGACAUUCCAAGGAUUAUAAAAUUAUUUGAAAACUAACAAAUUACAUUACAUUUUCAAUAAGUUUUGUGUA